CGUGACUGUGAUGAACAGUGUUCGCUUUCUUCCUUCUGCACUCACUACCGAUACCUGGUUCCAUUUUCGAAAUCUGGACAUAACUCAAGAACUCGUUUUCGAUCCGCAUUCCUUCAUAGUCCGAGUCUGCUUCUAAUGCGAUUCAGGGUGCAACAAUUCAUGUUGUUCUUUUGGAGGAUUUGAAUAAGUGUGACGAUUGGAGAAGAGAGCUAGUCCUUUAUCCUCGCAUUUACCCUUUAGAAACGUAACCAUGAGAAGAGUUGGGAAUCACAGGCAGCACUUGAAGCAAGGAGGAGGGGGAGGAAUAAGCAGGAUGAUAAUUAAGUUGUCAGUUGCUGUUCUAGUCUUAUUGAUUUGUACAAUCUCGUUGUUGUUCUCAUCAACAAUCACUACCAGUGUUCAAUCCAACUACCGCACGGAGAUCCACUUAGAAGAACUUUGGAGUGGUGCUGAUUCUGGUGGUUGGAGGCCAUCAUCAGUUCCCCGAUCUCACUGGCCUCCUCCUCCAGAUGAGAUCAAUGGCUAUUUGCGUGUUCGCUGUAAUGGUGGACUGAAUCAGCAGCGCAGUGCGAUUUCCAAUGCUGUUCUUGCUGCAAGAAUAAUGAAUGCUAUACUUGUGCUACCUGAGUUGGACGCAAAUUCCUUUUGGCGUGAUGACAGUGGUUUCCAUGGAAUUUAUGAUGUUGAAUACUUCAUCGAGACGCUGAAGGAUGAUGUAAGGAUUGUUGAAAGCAUCCCAGAAAUUGUGAAAAAUGGCAAAAAGAAGAAAAUAAAAGCCUUUCAGCUUCGACCCCCAAGAGAUGCUUCUAUCAGUUGGUAUACUUCUGUUGCUCUGGAGAAAAUGAAGGAACAUGGUGCCAUCUAUCUUACUCCUUUUUCACAUCGAUUAGCUGAAGAACUUGACAAUGCUGAGUACCAACGACUGAGGUGUAGAGUUAAUUAUCAUGCUUUAAGGUUCAAGCCCCAUAUUAUGAAGCUAGGUCAAUCAAUAGUCAAUAAGCUCCGGGCACAAGGUCAUUUCAUGUCCAUACAUCUCCGCUUUGAGAUGGAUAUGUUGGCAUUUGCUGGAUGCUUCGAUAUAUUUACUUCUGAGGAACAACGGAUAUUGAGAAAAUAUCGAGAAGAAAAUUUUGCACCCAAAAGACUUGUCUAUAAUGAAAGAAGAGCCAUUGGGAAGUGUCCAUUGACCCCGGAAGAGGUUGGUCUUAUUUUGCGUUCAAUGGGUUUUGAUAAUGCUACCAAGAUAUAUUUAGCAGCUGGUGAACUGUUUGGUGGGGAUCGGUUUAUGAAGCCAUUUCGAAGUCUGUUUCCGAACCUUGAAAAUCAUAGUUCCAUAGAACCCUCUGAUGAGCUUGCUGAGAACACUAGAGGCUUGGCAGGGUCUGCUGUGGAUUACUUGGUCUGUCUUCAUUCUGACAUUUUUAUGCCAACUUAUGACGGCCCUAGCAACUUUGCAAACAACCUCCUUGGUCAUCGCCUCUAUGAGGGUUUCCGGACAACAAUCAGACCUGAUAGAAAAGCUCUUGCUCCAAUUUUCAUUGAUAGAGAGAAUGGGAGGACUGCUGGCUUCGAGGAAGCGAUCAGGAGAGUCAUGCUUACAACAAACUUUGGUGGACCUCACAAGCGUGUAACACCGGAGUCUUUCUAUACAAAUUCUUGGCCUGAAUGCUUCUGCAAAUUAUCUCCAGAUAACCCUGCUGAUCAAUGUCCAUCAAAUGAUAGUUGAAUAUUUAGAAUGAGCAGACAGCAGAACGAAGCGUUUAAUUACUAAAAUUUGGCAAUAUCUUCAGCAGAAAGACGAGAGUUGCUUCUUUACUUGAGCUAAUGUUUAUAUUAUUCCCAGGGAUGAACUGCAGUGCGCCAAAUUGGAAAGUAACAGAUCCUUAUGAUCAGAUCCAGAAAGUCAGGUUGUCUUCUUUCUUUUUUAGUCUCAGAAGCUGCUUUUCAUUUCACAAGUUUAAUGAAAUUAGAAAUCAGAACGAGAGGUGCUGAUUUGUUCAUUGGCCUUAGUUUCUCUUUGAACAUGAAAGGAAGAUCAGAAGACUUUAGUACCUCUAGUGAAACUGUCUAUGUUGCCCUCGCUACCUAUUGUAGUGUUAAUUUUUUAGCUGAACUCCCAUGUUAAGUUUUAGAUGAUUUUUGUAUCUUUGAUUAUUCCUUACCUUGUACGAAAGUGAUGGGUGAUGAAAGUGUGAUAGGAAACACUAGUGUAAGAUUGUAAUUUGCUCUCUCUUUCUUUUUUGAGUGAUAGUCAUAUUAUCCCUUUCCAUGUAAAAAAUGAUAUGACAGAAAGUUAUUCUUUACCA